AUGAAGAUCAAGUGCACUUACCCAGACUGCUUCCGGCACUUCUCCUCGAGAGAGGCCAUGACAACGCACAAGAUCAAAGAUCCAGACCACAGCUACUGCGAAAAAUGCGAUGUUGACUGCGAGGAUGACAUGCUACUCUUUAUCCACCAACUCGGCUCUGCUGCCCACAUCUGUUGCCCUGUCUGCGCCCUGGAGUUCAAAACCGCCGCAGGCAGAGAUCGACACCUUGAACAGAAUCAUCGAACCGCCCAAAAGCUCGACUGUGCUGGCUGUCAGGAGAGAUUUACUUCUGCCUCGGCCCUGAUGCACCACAUUGAAAACGACGAAUGCUCAGUCAUCAGACAGACGGACUUUCAGAUGCAGCGGGCCGAAAAGCAGAUUCACAAAGAUGCCUUCUUGGCCAGCGGAGAACCAUUCAGCACCACCGCCUCCGGCUACUACGACCCUUCCAAUCUAAACGCAAACAAUGGUACAGACCUACUCGGCGCUAGAGACGUCCACGAUUCGAGCAGAUCUCUCAAGAAUGCCUUGGGGGGCCCGGUUCUUCCUGAUUCGUACGAGCAGUUCCCUCCACUCUCAAAACCAACCGCACCAUCCCAGGCAACCGAACAACCAACCCCAACAAAGUCUGCUCUUGGUAACAAUGCGCACGACACAGCAACCAACCUCAUGGAUUUCGAUAAGGUCGAAAAGGGCAUGGCUGGCUUGGAGGUUGGCCACAAUGCUUGGACCAAGUGGGCUCAAGGUGGAAAAGCGGCAGACAGCCAAGGUUACAUCAAAGGUUGGCUCGCUACGAUGAACAGCUCGAGCAACCCGCCAAUGGACAAUGUCAGUGAGGUGGCUUCCAUGUACGACAAGAAGGCUGUCUCGACCGUCUCUGCAAAUAUUCCUCCUAGUGUCGCUCCGAGUGUCCCUCCCAGCGUCACUCCUAGUAUGCGGCCUCCUAAUCCCAAUCCAUCGACGGUUCACGAGCGCAUCAUCCAUAUGCCGGCGCACUCGAUCGUUUCCACCAAUGCCCCAUUGGAUAUCGAGCUGUUCUUCGAUUCUCUGCACCAGAAAUACAUCUGCCCGGGCCAGAAGUGCGGUCGACAAUUCGCAACGCCUCACAACUUCCGACAGCAUUUGCUCACAUCGGCUCACGUCGGCGGACAAGUUACUUGUCCUACUUGCUUGAAGCGAUUCGCCACCACCUUCGCAUGGGUUGCUCACUGCGAGUCGGCCAGCAAGAGAUGUGACAUUCGAAACAGCACCAAUUUCAACCACGUUCUCCGUGAAAUCACUGGUGGUGUCUUGGGCGCCCAGGGAUACAUGGAGGAUGGUACGGUGCAAUAUGUCGCACCUAAGAUUGAGGAUUGGUAG